GCGGGGUGGGAACGCUCCAGAGAACACCGUGGCUGCACAGACAAAAAACACCGAAUGGCUGGUGAGCGUUCAGCUGUUACCAGCCUUUUUGGGCAGAGUACGGGUUUGACAGCUCCACAACGUGAGGAUAUCCGCUGACCCCGAGAGACGGAGGAGAACACUUUCCCGACACUGCCUGUCCAGCAAAGCCAGCGCUGUAAGGUUUCAACUUUCCAACUUUUUUUUCCAGUCUCUGACCAGAAGACUGCUCCUCCGGGCAGAAGGAGAGGGCGAGCUCUAUCUUGUAGAUCGAAGACACUUCUGGCUCCAAAUGUCACCCAGACGUAUGUUUUCAUGACGAUUCGAGUUCUCUGAUUUUAUUCUUACAUUUCUCGUUUUUAAAAAUGCAAAGUGCUUUGGGGGACAUGCUGAAAGGUAACUGAAGACAGCAAAGAAAAAAUCUCCAAUUGUCAUGGCUGAAGGAGAGAAUGAAGUGAGAUGGGAUGGACUGUGCAGUAGAGAUUCAACUACUAGAGAGACAGCACUGGAAAACAUUAGGCAGAUCAUUGUGAGAAAAACCGAGUGUCUUCGUUUGGUGAAAGAGACACCUUAUCGUCCAGCAGACGGCCUUUCAAAUGCUGUUUCUUUGGAUGGGUUGAAUAAGCUUCUUGCUCAUCUGCUUAUGCUUUCUAAGAGGUGUCCCUUUAAAGAUGUAAGAGAGAAAAGUGAGUUUAUUCUGAAGAGCGUCCAGGAACUUGGAAUUAGAAUUCCUCGACCACUAGGACACGGACCAAGCAGAUUCAUCCCAGAAAAGGAGAUUCUUCAAGUGGGGAGUGAAGACGCACAGAUGCAUACUUUAUUUGCAGAUUCUUUUGCUGCUUUGGGUCGUUUGGAUAAUAUUACCUUAGUGAUGGUUUUUCACCCACAAUAUUUAGAAAGUUUCUUAAAAACUCAACACUACCUACUGCAAAUGGAUGGGCCAUUACCCCUACAUUAUCGGCACUACAUUGGAAUAAUGGCUGCAGCAAGACAUCAGUGCUCCUACUUAGUGAAUCUCCAUGUAAAUGAUUUCCUUCAUGUUGGUGGAGACCCCAAGUGGCUUAACGGUUUAGAGAAUGCUCCUCAAAAACUACAGAAUUUAGGAGAACUUAACAAAGUGUUAGCCCAUAGACCUUGGCUUAUUACCAAAGAACAUAUUGAGGGACUUCUAAAAGCUGAAGAGCACAGCUGGUCCCUUGCAGAACUGGUACAUGCAGUAGUUCUACUUACACACUAUCAUUCUCUUGCCUCAUUCACAUUUGGCUGUGGAAUCAGUCCAGAAAUUCAUUGUGAUGGUGGCCACACAUUCAGACCUCCUUCUGUUAGUAACUACUGCAUCUGUGACAUUACAAAUGGCAAUCACAGUGUGGAUGAGAUGCAGGUCAACUCAGCAGGAAAUGUUUCGGUAAGUGAUUCCUUCUUUGAGGUCGAAGCCCUCAUGGAAAAGAUGAAGCAGUUACAGGAAUGUCGAGAUGAAGAAGAGGCAAGUCAGGAAGAGAUGGCUUCACGUUUUGAAAUAGAAAAAAGAGAGAGCAUGUUUGUCUUCUCUUCAGAUGAUGAAGAAGUUACACCAGCAAGAGAUGUAUCUCGUCACUUUGAGGAUACUAGUUAUGGGUAUAAGGAUUUCUCUAGACAUGGAAUGCACGUCCCAACAUUUCGAGUCCAGGACUAUUGUUGGGAAGACCAUGGUUAUUCUUUGGUAAAUCGUCUUUAUCCAGAUGUAGGACAGUUGAUCGAUGAAAAAUUUCACAUUGCUUACAAUCUUACUUAUAAUACAAUGGCAAUGCACAAAGAUGUUGAUACCUCAAUGCUAAGACGGGCUAUUUGGAACUAUAUUCACUGCAUGUUUGGAAUAAGAUAUGAUGACUAUGACUAUGGUGAAAUUAACCAGCUAUUGGAUCGUAGCUUUAAAGUUUAUAUCAAAACUGUUGUUUGCACUCCUGAAAAGGUUACCAAAAGAAUGUAUGAUAGCUUCUGGAGGCAGUUCAAGCACUCUGAGAAGAGAAGAACAUUCCAGAUCAGCUGUCUCAGAUACCGCUUGGAAGGGGGAACCUCAUUAUGGUUUAAAGUAAAAGAAUAAAGACAGGGAGAACAGGUGUGCUGGCCUCUCCUCAAAGUGCUGGCAUCACUGUAACUGCUUAGGAGAAAGAAGAGGGUGUUUGUGAAUGAUGAUUUGGCGGGGAAGUUGUUAUUCUAACAAACCUUCAAGAAGAGACAAACCUUCAAGAAGAGAUGUGAUCGAAUAUAAAUAUAAGCUCAAAACAUCUAUCCAAAAAAGCUGGUCUUCACAGCUCAGCAAAGACCAUUAUGAUGGUAACAGCUCAGACAGCUUUUGUUUUGAGAAACUGAUGUUAUCCAGUGGCACACAGAAAACAUUUCUGGUGUUUAUUAGAUGCACUGAAACUGAUUGUGAAUGUUUAUAACCCUCUCUUCUUUUUUUUUUGCAUCUUUAUUGGAGUAUAAUUGCUUUACAAUGUUGUGUUUCUGCUGUAUAAGAAAGUGAAUCAGUUAUA